UGGUCAGUACUUAAUGAGACUGGGCAAGGGUCAGCACAGGAUUAUUGUGCAGAGAUGAACCAAGAUGUGUCCCUAGCAAGCCAUUAUAGGCCUCUCUCACAGCAGCAGCAGCAACAACAGCAUGACCUGGCGGGCACCACGGGGAGUCUCGGAACACCAGAGGGACUUCACUCGGCGGGCGAGAGGAGGCUCUUCUCUACCACCAGCUUACAUCACAGUCCCGACUAUGCUUAUAAUAACACUGACGAAAAUCUUGUCUUGGCGCAUGCAGUCCCUCACAAGGGUGGUCGACCCUACUCGUGCGCUCAGUGUCCGUACCGCGCCAUAUCGAAGUCAAAGCUUGCAGCGCACCUGCGAACCCAUACUGGAGAAAAACCUUAUUCCUGUUUGCAAUGUUCAUUUAGCACGUCUUUUGAAAGUAAUCUGAAGGUCCACAAGCGCGUUCAUACAGGGGAGAAGCCCUUCACGUGUCCACACUGCCCUUCGCGUUUCGCCCAGAAGAUCCACCUGAAGUAUCACCUUGACACACACACAGGUGAAAAACCGUUCAAAUGUUCAAAUUGUUCUGCAAAGUUCAGUCGAUCAAGUAGUUUAAAGAGACACUUUUAUACCCACGCGAAGAGCUAGUAAUACAGCAGGUAAUUUGAGUACAACACCUUGUGUAAUAACAGAGGAACAAGGUAAUAUUCAUUCAGUAAUUAAUAACUGCAAGAAAGAAAAUCUAAGUGAAAAAUCUGCUCAAUGAAUCUGUAGCAUGUUUGAUAUGAUGAUGUACACCCUUUAUUAUGUAUUGAAUAUAUUAUAAAAAUAU